AACAAAAUCAUAAAAAAUGAUCCCCGAAACACUGUCAAUUAAAACGUAAACAAACUCCCACAAAGCGACGUCUUUUAUUUACAAAAAGUUCCUUUUUGAUUUUUAUCCAACUGAUUUGGUAAAUACUAAAACAAUAUCCCCCUCAGUGUCGGUUCAUAGCGUUAGCGUCUCGUUUUAUUUCUCCCACUAUUCACCUCCCCUUCGCGGGAUGGCUGUGUGAUAUUUCAUCUGAAUAGAUCUAUCUCUGUGUUCAAUUAUUUACAGUGGCGUCUUGUGUGUAGUAAGUCCACGCUGGGAUUCCUGACUUCUUCUAUUAUGUUCCUUGGCUGGUUGUUUGGAAAUAUCAUCUUCGGAAUUCUAUCAGACAAAUAUGGCCGCCGAAAAAUCCUCUUCUUCUCUUCGUGUCUCGUCUGCUGGGUUGCAUUUGUGAGUUCGUUUGUUCCUUGGUACUGGAUGUAUGCUACACUCAGGUUCAUUAUUGGUUUUGGUUUAGGUAAGCCGAGGGGUCCACAAAUUUGCCACCUUAGAAACCGGAAGGAGUCUGGAGCCCAAAUGUAUUCCGCAAUGGUUUCUGGGAUUGUUAGUGGGGCCCAGCCAGUCAGUGAUUGGCCAAUUUUUUUCCUCUGUCCCUAGUAACACUCCCAGAAGUCCUUGCGAAAAUUUACUCUUGCCAGUUUUCUUUUCAUUUCUAAAGGGGCGAAUUUUAAAAGGGACUUUUGUCACGACCGUUAAGUUCACGGUUGGGGUGGGGUUUGCCAGGUACACGAUAACGCUAGCCUGGGUGAAGAAAUUAUUACGGAAUGACAAAAGCACAGUUUCAUGACAGAAAAACACGUCUUCUGAGCGUGAUCAUUCAGAUUUACAAACAACAGACAGCAGUGUAGAAUCUGUACUACAAUACCUUGAAUAAAUCCUCACUGCCUAUUUUGAGGUUGCAAGGGGAUUAGCUCUUUGCUGUAAUGUGUAUUUGCACUUUGCGAAUGUUUUGGAGUACGCCUUCGCUUUGUUUUUGGACAUUUCAACAUCUCGCGUAGGGGUACGCUCGAUUGAUCGUAUUCCAGCGUAAAAUACGCAAAAAUCUGUGACCAUUUAAAUAGAUACACGCAUCUUAAUUAUUUAUGUUCACCAGAUAUCUCGAGUUUACCAUGCAGUGAAUGCGAAAACAAGUGAUUUUCAGAGUGAAUUCCAUGCAUCUUUGGUCCGGACUACGGUCAAUCUAACAGGCCCAAGGUCAAAAUUCGUCGCCCAGAACGAUCCCAUAGUGCAGUUUGACCCAAAAUUGACCCAGUCUUAAGCAAUCUCAACCUCAACACUAGCUUCCGGGCAAGUUCUUCAUUUAUGGCGAGCGAGGCGAGCCGCGAGAAAACGCGUCCCUCGCACUUGCGUACCCUUUCGUGCGCUGCUCUCGCGUGACUUCUCGCGACUUCCCCAACUGGAGAGCUUGCUCCCAGGUUACCCCAACUCGUGACAAUGACUUAUUCACUUUUUCAGGAGGCUCCAUCGUGUGCCUUUUCAUCAUGGCUACUGAAUAUGUAGGACCCAAUCACCGCGCCAUGGCUGGCACCUUUACUUGGUACUUUUGGACUGGGGCUCUUAUGCUGAUAGCCUUAUUGGCGUACCUAGUGAGAGACUGGAGAAAGCUAUCAAUGAUAACCUCCGCACCAGGUCUCAUAUUGUUUGUCUUUUGGAUGUAAGUACUGAAAGCAAAAUGCAGUCGUGUGCUCUUUGAGCGAAGUGCUUAUUCUUUUGCUUAAGCCAAGGAUUCGGUUUAACAAAUAGCUCCCUUGAUUAAUACUGCAAAGGGGUGUUAUGUAGGCCAUUUCCAAGUUCAAAAAACUCUCACUUUCAAGACGAGGCUAAGUGCAAAACCUCUCUUGUGAAAAUGAGCUUUAUUUGCUUGAGAAUUACAAAUAAGUUUCAUAUCACGACCAUACCCUCGUAAGGCACACACCAGGAAUGGCUUUUCCUCUAGUAUUCGUCGUCAGUCUUUGUAGAUAGGAAACACACUACUUUCAGACGGUCAAUUAAGUGGAGGUGGUGUGCUUAUGUCGGACCUAUUUAAUUUCCAGGCUUAUCCCGGAGUCUGUACGCUGGUUAGUGACUCACGGAGAGAUGUCACAAGCCGAAACGCUACUGGAACGAGUCGCGAAGACUAACAAGAAAGAAAUGCCCGAGGAAGGGUUGGGUCUACCGGACGACCAAAAAAGUACUCAGCAUGAAGCUGGUUUUAUGGAUUUGUUUAGAACCCGUUCAAUGACCAAAAAGACUGUUAUCAGCUGGAUAUCCUGGUUGGUGUAAAAUGUUAAAUAUUGUCCUUAAUCAAAAAUAUAAAAACAGCGUAAUUUGACAAACAGAAUGGAGUAAUAUGGUGGAUCCAGCGUGAUAUUGUAACCUAAACGAAAUGCUGUGGCUUGAAGGAACAGUUUUGAGGAUAAUCUAAUAUACUCAGUUAAAUUGAUGUCACCCUCUGUCCAAAAAUUCCAGCAGACAACGUUAUCUCGUCAGGCACAAUUUCCUCGUUCCAAUGUGACAGAAUCGCCUGCUGUCCCCGGGGGGGGGGGGGGGGGGUACUUCCCGUAAUGGCCUAUACGGGGAGGCUCCGGCCGAAAGCGGUACCUGUUUUAGGCCUUAGGUAUAUGAAAGGGUAGGUAUUUUACGUUUCUGGGAAACUACCCACCUACCUCUCACCUAAGCCAACAUUAACUCUUACUUCUCACUUAGGACACAAUGUUGGCUUAGGGGGAGGGGUUGGUGGGCAGGUUCGCAGAAGCGUUUAAUGAUCCUGAAAGGGUAGGAGAAUCUGUCAUUUCCGUCUGUAAAAAGAACCAAAAGGGCUAACGGAUGAAUUUUAUGGCUGUGAAAAAGACGAAAAAACGUUCUUGUUGUGUGAUUUAGUCAUAUUUUAAAGACAGUACAUUUACAGCAGUUGAAAGGGAUAGAAAGCUAUGAAUUAGGUAUUCGAAAGGGGUACCAUUUAUCAAUAAAAGGUAUACGAAAAAGGCUCGUUUUCUGACAAAAAUGGUAUAUAAAACGUCAAGGGAUUGGACCUCGGGGCAGAGCUUCCUCGUAUCAAACUUGUUUGAGUACCCCAUCGGGCCUAUAGCAGUACCACUGAACGAUAUGGCGUGACUUAACUAAAGUGACAGAACUGUUUAAAAUAAAGAAGCGUGAGAUAACGUAACAGAACCAUUUGAAAUAGGAAGACUUCAAAAAAGAACACCCCGUCCCUCGCCCAUUGUUGAGAAGCUGUGGUAAUGCCCCAAGCAAAAACAUAUUUACAAUUAUUUUCUUUUUCAGGUUUGUAAAUGCUCAAGUGUACUUCGGUGUGUCUUUAGGAUCCGUUUUGCUGGGUGGUAACAUGUAUCUAAAUUUUUUUCUCACCUCGCUGGUCGAGAUUCCUGGAAAUGCUUUCGCCAUCUAUGCUAUGAACAGGUUAGCAAAUUUAACCAAUUCCAUUUUAAAAGCGUUGUGUUGAAAACUGUCGUGGAUUAUCGUAACGAAAGAAAUCCAUCUAUCAAGCGAGGGAAAAAGGUUGUGAUAGAGACAUGAUUAGUUGAUUUUUCAGAAAUUGUUGGCUCCAACGUUUUUGGCCAAAGUGCUUGCGAAAUCUAUAUUAGUUGUAAAAGGCUCUAACUGAAUUAAUCUUGUCUUUAAAGAGGCUGUGCUUUCAACUACAUUUUGUUAUUAACGCCAAUUAUGAGUCCUUAUUCGCUAUGAAACUUCAAAAAUUACCUGUGAACGACAAAAUUACCGCUUAAUAUGAAACAAAUAUGUCUCUAACUUUACAAACAACAAAAAUGAACUUAGAAAAACAGUUAGGCUAUCAAGUUUUCAAAAACCACAAUUGCAAUCCUCAAAUUUCAUCCAAACCCUGAGAUCAUGGGGCGGCUCGGUCUCAAAAAAAUUUUUUUGGCCCUUCGGGCCUCAUUUACAGGCCUCAUUUUGGUCUAAAAAUAAGAAGGGGCCCGGGUCCCACGGACCCUUCCCGUGGAUCUGCCACUGAACUGUAUCCAAGCACGUGAAAACACAUGUAUCUAUAGAUAAGUGCAAGCAGGUAGAUAAUCUCUACUAAGCGCAGACAGUGGAAAAUAGCAAUUUUUGUCUGAUUUCUUUGAUAGGUUUGGACGAAAGAAAGUGGUUGUUAUUGGUUUAGUUGUGGCGGCCAUAGCUAAUUUAAUAGUAACUGUCAUUCCAAACGACAGUGAAAACACAGGUGAGACAAGUUGCUUUGUUUCAACUCUAUAGGUCAUUUCCAAUUUCCAAAAACUCUCACCCUCACAACGAGGCUAAGUCCAAAACUUUCGUUCUGAAGAGGAGCUUUAUUUGCAUGAGAAUAUAAAAUCAUUUUCAUAUGAAUGGCUUCGUGCUUUGCCUCGCGAAAUGGCUUAUUAGAUGUAUAUUUACAUUUAUCCUACAUAUUUAUAAAAGGGUUUUUGUCAAGAAUUAAUUUUGAAAAUUCUUUGUUUUCUUUCUUGUCUAGGGUUUGUAGCAGGUCGUAUCAUCUUCGCGAUGAUUGGCAAAUUUUCUGUCAUGAAUUCCUUCGACGCUAUAUUUGUGUUCUCUGCAGAGUUGUUCCCUACAGUGGUAAGGUAAGGGGAUUUCUUCAACCUCUUCCCAGACAUCGUCCCCAGGGUCUUCUCGUUUUCCUAACGAGAAAAUCCUAGGGACGAGGUGUUUUUCAAAGCACUCAGACGCGUGUACAAAGAUCAUUUCCCCGCGGUGGAGAGAGAAAUUCGAAAUCUGCAACGCCUGAUUUGUUCUUCACUCAACUGGACUGUUAAUAAUGUCCCCAAAACUAAUGCACCCUUAACCUAAACAUUUGUCAGACAUGACUGAAAUGGUUGAGCAAUUAACACACCGUCGAAUUUUAAGGUAAGUUAUCAGAUCUUAAAGCCCAAUACACACCAGCGGCGGAUCCAGGGGAGGGAUCCGGUUUAUUUCAAGACCAAACUGAGGCCCAAAGGGCCGAAAAAAUUCUUUUUGAGACCCCCCCUCCCUUAUCUCGGGUCUGGGUGACCGUCCCCCCCCCUUAUCUGGAUCCGCCACUGCACACCAAUUUGACAGAGAACAGAAUGGAAAAUUGCAGUUUUUAAAAUAUUCUCCCGGCCAACAAGAUCGAAAUAGACAACGGCCACUAAGAUUGAAGAGAGAAAUUAAGUGUCAAGACUCAUCUAAAGGAUCUGCCUUGCUGUCUUCUUCUAGAAAUGUGGGACUUGGUACUUCUUCUGCUGCCGGAAGAGUUGGUUCUAUAACAUCUCCGUUCGUCAUCUGGCUGGUAUGUAAAAGAAUGAUUACAUCAUAUAACAACAGCUGUCACUAUCUUUUAAUGCUGUAAAAUUAAGCCUAGUUACACAUCUGAUUACUGUUACAUUAUCGCCGACUGGUUAGCUUCAUUGGUUUGCAAUUGGUACCAGACAACAGAGCGAUACUCCCUGGUUCUAUUCCCGGUCUGACCAACACUCGGAUCUUAGAUAUCUGAGGAGAAUGUGCUGUUUUCUUUCACAUCAUCGAACGGUUAGACCUUCUAGUCAUGUCGAAUAAGGACGAAAAAAUAUAUAUCCGUUUCACUGUACUCCUGAACUUGCCGUAGAGUUCCGAAAGUAGAAGCCCUCGUUACUUUUGGAAUUUGCAGGCUUAAGAGACCGCUCCUUUUGGGUGGUCGUUACUUUCGGAUAGCCGUUAUUUUCGGGUAGCUAAAAUAUGUCAGUAAUGAAGAAAAACGUUGAACGCGAUCGCUCAAUAUUGCAGCAUGCCGUAAUGUUGAUUUAAUUUGUAAUGAAUUGUCACUUUUCCAUAACUUUAAUCACGUAUUCGACGUUCAUGCGAUGGUCGUGUACUGUAGGAUACCGUACUAAGCUGUUCCAUCUGCGUGUCGCUUGAGGGAACGCAGUUUCUCUUUCAAAGUCUUCCUCUGCUCCGUGUGUUCUUUCAGUCUUGACGAAGACAUCGUACAUGCAAGGAAUCUCUAGUCCUCCUCCCUGAACCCAAACUCCUUCCGAUGCACUCCUUGUUUGUCCCGAUACCUCGCAUGUAGUUUAUAUGUUCCCAUCCACAUAUUGCGUCACAAAGAGCCAAAAUAGGGAAUGUCUCAAAAAUGGCCGUUACUUUCGGGAAUUACUAGAAACGUUCGAAAAUUAGCCUCACUUUCGGGUAGCCGCAACUUUCGUUGGGGGGGGGGGGGGGCUAUUUUCGGAACUCUACAACGGCUACAAUAAUCUGACUCUAUGGGACGUAAAAGGACCACCUAAGACUGAACAAAUAUCUGGCAGUGACAUGUGCCUCCCUUGCUUUUGGGUGUCUAGUUUAUAGAUUGAGGUCCCGCAUCACAGCAGAGCUGUGCGGCUCUGGCAGCGCCUGGUGGUCUCUAGCACCUUACCGUUUGUUCUUGGGCGAAAAGGGAAACUCAGUUUUAUUUAAAAAAAAAUCAUGUUUUGCACCCUGGAUGGUUCAGAGCACUGACCUUCCCUCAGGUGUUCUUAGAGCACAUUCUGAUAACGAUACCCCUUGAUCCUCCUUCAAACGCCGCAAUGGCUGCCUGUAAACAAAGUAUGAUUAUAAUCAUGAGUAAUGGGGACUGUAUACUGUGUUCUCGCUCGAAAAAAAUCAUGUGCUGUCACCCUGGCUUGUUCAGAGCACCGACCUCCCCUCAGGCGUUCUUAGAGCACAUUCUGACAACGAUAACUCCUUGAUCCUCCUUCAGAAGCCGCAAUGGCUGCCUGUAAACAAAGUUUGACUUUUAUUACGAGUAAUGGUGACUGUGGUAAUAUCGUUUAAUGAGUAUUUGUCCUGAGUAUGAUCCCUUCACUUCAUAUCACGGAGUAUUCACGUGAAGUACUUUACCGUGUUAUCGUUCGAAAUGGGUUCGAUAGACCCUCCAAGUAAUUAAGUUGAGGAGGGUCAAUUCGUCGGAUAUUUGAAUGAAUGAAAGAAAACACUCACCAUGACAUGGCAACUUUUGACACUUAACACGUUACAACUUAAAACUGUUUGUAGUUCUUUGAUUCCGGCCGGAUGAAAAAAACGUCGUUUUACACGUUAAUUCAAGUGCAUGUUCAAAGUGAUUUUAAGCGUCGAUCAUUAAUCUUACAUCGGCCUCUCGUGGGAAAAAUAGGUCGAAACUAUAAAUAAAGCUUCGCUUUCUUCUCUCGAUCUUGAUCUAGUAAGUGCCUUUCUUUAAAAAAAAGCGUAAGAAUAUGCAAGAAGAAGAAUUGUGAGGGAGCUUUUAACCAGUUUGAUUCAUCAAAAACUCUCAAAACUAAGAAGCAAAUAUUUAUCGGCAUAGAGUACGAGUAAUGCGUCCCUUGUCCUUUUCUAAAUACAGUGGAACCUCUCCUUUGGGACACGUCUAUUCAAGGGACACCUCCAUUCAGGGGACACAAGAUUUGAUCCCUGAAAAACGUCCACAUAAUCUUUGAAUCUGUUACCUCUAUUGAAGGGACAUAUCUAUUCAGGGGAAAGGGACACGUUUAUUUGGUCCCGAAAACUGGGUUUGACUCAAUUCAGGGGACACCUUAGCACUCAAAACAUGACUGACCACAAAGAGAGUUGACAUUUUUAAUAGUACACUAAUAACAAUUAUGGGAGCUUUCAAAAACUGAACUAUCUCACUUAAAUUGAUGUAAUCCACUCGAGGGAAUUCAACACAUAAUGUCGCAGAGAUGAGUUAAUGAUUGUUUUGUAUACUGUCUUUGUUGGUUUAUUAUUAACAAACCCCAGCCCAACCUCUAUUCACUACAGUCAACUCCCUUUAAAGCGGACACUGUAGGGACCUCUAGUUAGUGUCCUCUUUAGCGAGAGUCCGUAAUAGCGGGAUUUUAUUUCAGUCAAACGUCUGUAAUUAUUUUUGCCUGUGAUUUAGUUGCUUUCCGUAUUAAUGGGGUGUCCGUUAUAGCGGGGUGUCCCCAAGGAGAAAGUGGACUGUAUUCAGGGGACAUCUCUAUUCAAGGAACACUUGCCUUGGUCCCGAGGGUGUCCCCUGAACAGAGAUUCCACUGUACUGAUAUUAAUUGUUUACCACACUGGGCAGGCAGAGAUGGACCGGCUACAAACUGUAUUUUGCUUUACCAGGCUACCUAUAUGACUCAGUUACCCUACAUUAUCAUGGCCAUCGACGCCUUUAUUGCAGGAGUACUCUGCUUACUCCUGCCCGAGACUAACAAGGAACCAACAGCAGAGACACUAUCAAGUGAGUCACCUACUGCUCUACUGAAGCUGGAUAACGACGAUGAAGAAGAAAACACCGAGAAAUAGAAAGAAGUGUGAUGUCACAUUACUAUGGCAACAAAAUUUCUGGAUCACAACUAUAGGAAGC